GUGUGCGUGUGUGUGUGUGUGUGUCAGUGGAUGAAGAAAGAGUGUAGUGUGAAGAGUGUGAACACAAGCCGGCAUGAAGAGACACAAACACUCCCCCGUCUGGUUGGGGAGUCUGGCCAGCCUCUCAAAGCUCCGCCGUCCGUCCUCCCGACGCAAGGCCUCCGCCCCGCCGCAGACCUGGCCCGCUGACGACAGUGAGUCCGGCCCCCAGCCGCGGGGCUACGCCCGCUCCAGUGCCAUGUACACCCACGUGGGAACGGUGCCUCGCGGAGGCAGGCAGCUGAGCGGGAUGGACAAAAAGGAGGAGGGAGAUGGAGAGGAGAAGGGGACCACCGCGGCCGCCGCGGCCGCCACAGCGGCGGCGGUGGAUGACGACUGCGUGCGGGACUCCCCCCUGCUCGGAGCUCUGUCCAGCCUCAGCCUCAACGCUCCGGAGCAGCCCGGCUUUGCUCCGGCGCCACCGGGCAUGGACCAAGGUCCCGCGGCCGCGCGGGUCAUGUCCAAAGGCGCUCCGGCUGUGUCCAAAAGGAACUCAACUCCAACGGACGUUCGCCAAAGUACUCCGGCUCCACAGGACGUCUAUGUGCACAUGGAUGCGCUUGGCAGGCACGAAACCACUAAGGACUCACCAGAAGUGGAAAACUUGUCCAGUCCAACAAACGGCGGUGGCGAAUAUGUAAAGUUCUCCAAGGACAAGAAGUUCUGUCUGGAGAAGCAGCUGCAGGAAGAACUUCAGCUGAGCGCAGCCAACCUGAGGAGCCACGCCUGGUACCAUGGACCCAUCACCCGACAGGUGGCCGAGAGACUGGUCCUGAACCAGGGAGACUUCCUCAUUCGGGACUCAGAGUCCAGCCCGGGCAAUUUUGUCCUGACCGCCCGCUGGGACCAGGAGACCAAUCACUUUCCCGUCCGGACCACCGUGGUGCACUGCGGAGUCCACUACAGCCUGGACCGGGAGGUGUUUGACUCGCUGCCCGCCCUGGUGCGUUUCUGCGCGGCGAGCAGGGCGCCGCUGACCUGCUGGAGCGCCGCCAAGAUCCAGCAGCCGGUGAACAGGACGCUGCCGCUGAGCUACCUGCAGACGGCCAUUGCUCCGCCGCCGUGUCAGCUGACCCCGAGCCGGGCGGAGGAAGUCUGCUCCAAAAGCCCCUCGUCUUUGCGCCGACGGGACCGCCGACAACCAGCGUUCUCCUCCUCCACCGACGACAUCACUCUUCAAUCUACCGAUGCCGCCCCGUCACCGUCUCCUUCUCCUCCCGAACGGGACCCGGACAUCCAGCCUCCAGACUCGGACGGAGGCUGCUACACGGAGGUCUACCCGGGGCCUCGAAGCUUCGUGGAGAGGCUCCGCGACGAGGAGGGUCAGAGGGCGAUGGACGUUUACCUGUCUCCCAUGAUGGAAACGGCGUCGUCCUUCGCCCCCACCAGCUACCGCUCUCCGCUGAUGCCCGGGGAGAACAAGCCCCUGGAGGUGGGCAUCCUGCAGCGGGUGAAGGAACUCCUGGCUGGGGCCGACCCCCAGACGGCCGCCCGACACAUCACCAAGUGGGACUGCACGGUCGCUCAAAUCCUGGAGGCGCGUCCGGAGCUGCAAAGGCUGAUGGGAGUCAGCUCGGGCAUGGAGCUGCUCACGCUGCCGCAUGGACAGCAGCUCCGAUUAGACCUGCUCGAAAGGCUGCAUACGAUGGCCAUCAUGUUGGCGGUGAAUGUGUUGGGAUGCACCGGCACCACCGAGGAGCGAGCCUCCGCUCUGCACAGAAUGAUCGGCAUCGCCGCCGAGCUCAAGUGCAACAUGGGCAACAUGUUCGGAUUCUCUGCCGUGAUGAGAGCUCUGGAGCUGCCGCAGGUGAGUCGUCUGGAGCAGACUUGGAUGGCAUUACGGCAACGGCACACGGAGGACGCUGUUCUCUACGAGAAAAUUCUCCGGCCCUUCCUGAAGGGCCUGAACGAGGGCCGAGAAAGCUGCCCCGCGUCCGGGACCACUUUUCCUCACGUCCUGCCGCUGCUCUGCCUUCUGGAGAAGAGCGUGGCCCUGGACGAGGGGCCCCCGGGGGCCGAGGAGACCCCGGGAGCCGAGGCGUGGGAGACGGCGGAAGCCGGCGCGGACAUUGAAGUGCUCAUGUUCCACUUGGGGGCAGCCAGGAAGCACGCCCAGCUCGGCGCCGUCUAUGGUGCCAACGCACGCAGCAAACUGCAAGACUUCCAGGAGCGGGCGGACUUCUCCGAGGUGUUCUGUACGGACUUCCAGAUCCGACUUCUGUGGGGCAGCAGGGGAGCGGCGGAGAGCCGGGUGCGUCGCUACGCCAAAUUCAACCAAGUGCUGACCGCCUUAUCGAACAGGCUGGAGCCUCCGCCGCGCUGACCCAAUGCAUGAAAUCGUUCAUUGAUUUCUGGGUGAUGAUACAUUUAAAAUAGGAGUCGAAUUAAAAUGGAGUGAAUGAUAAACUGAUUUAUUUAUGAAUUGACUUGUGGUCAGCAAUAACAAUCUAUGUUCGUGAAAUAAUAUUGCGCAAAGCACAUUUUGCAUUUUUUAAAGUUAUUACUUCAUUGACAUCUAAUUCAUGACUGAAUUAAAGAACGAGCAUAAAUUAUUUCAUCAAAAUAAUCGGUUUUUCAUACACACCUUGACCUUGUCUACGAAUGAUUUGGCGCAUUUGUUCAUGUUAAAAACCGGAGAACAUUUUUGUUCACUCUUUUAACUGUAAAUGAAAAUUUGACAACUUGUCCUUUCAUUUAAUUGUAUGAUGAUGAUGAUGAUUUUUUUUUUUUUUUUUUUUUUACUGCGAUGCAAGUACACCAAAAGGCUGCACCACACCCAAGGUCAGAACUAACAGGAAGUUUUCUGAAUUCAUGGCAUGAAAAUGGUGAAGGCAGGACCCUCGGCAAACCUGUGACCACGUGACCAAAACACAUAAAGGGGAACAUUUUAGAUUUUUUUUUCUUUAGGUGUGGGGGAGGGGGGGUUUACUUUAUUCAUUAGGUACUCUAUAUGGCAAUGCUUUCUAAUUGAUUUGAAUUAAACUUAUCUUUGUAUUAUGAGCGAGACUGUAAAAACUACUAAUAUGAAAAGUAUUAAAAAUGUUCUUUCUUGUG